UCUUAACAGGUGCCGCUGCAUGCCCAAACAUGGCGGCUCCCAUGGGCGAUUCAUUGAAACAUGCUUUGCAAUUUAAAGUUGUUGCAAAGUGUAAAGUUACGAAAGCGAGGGCAUCAGUGUUAACUCUUCCACAUGCAGUCAUCGAGACGCCAAUAUUUAUGCCUGUGGGCACACAGGGCACCCUCAAAGGUCUUCUACCGAAGCAGAUUGAAGAACAGAACUGCCGGCUCAUUCUGUCGAAUACUUACCACCUAGGCAUGCGACCGGGCAUUGAUAUUAUAGAGAAGGCAGGUGGUCUUCAUAAGUUUAUGGCAUGGAAUAAUGCCCUACUGACGGACAGCGGUGGCUUCCAGAUGGUGUCUUUGGUCAAACUCAGUGAAGUAACUGAGGAAGGCGUCCGUUUUGUGUCGCCUUACGAUGAGCGAGAAAUCAUGCUGUCACCUGAAAAGUCCAUCGAGAUUCAGAAUGUUCUCGGAUCGGACAUCAUGAUGCAGCUAGAUGAUGUAGUGAGCAGUACUAUAUCUGGACCUCGUGUUGAAGAGGCCAUGCACAGGACAAUCCGCUGGGUUGAUCGGUGUGAAAAAGCUCACAAGAACCGCGCCACUCAAAACAUCUUCCCUAUAGUCCAAGGUGGGCUGGAUGCCGAUCUGCGAAGACGCUGUGCAUUGGAGCUCUUAAAGCGUGACGUUGCCGGGUAUGCCAUAGGAGGUUUAAGUGGUGGAGAAAGCAAAGAUGACUUCUGGCCCAUGGUGCACCUCAGUACGGAUCUUCUGCCACCCAAUAAGCCUCGCUACCUCAUGGGAGUUGGUUUUGCGGUGGACCUGGUCAUUUGCAGCGCCCUCGGCUGUGAUAUGUUUGACUGCGUUUUCCCGACCAGAACAGCCAGGUUUGGCUGCGCAUUGGUGCCAUGGGGACAGCUAAACCUAAAGCAGGAGACCUUCAAGAACGACACACGACCCAUUGAAGAUGGCUGUCCAUGCACAACAUGUAGGGACUACACCAGAGCCUACUUGCAUCACAUCGUCAAGCAGGAGACUGUUGCGUGCCACCUGGUGUCUAUCCAUAAUGUCAACUAUCAGAUGCGUCUGAUGAAGAGCAUUCGGGAUAACAUCAUUGCUGGCACGUUCGACACCUUCGUGAAGGACUUCAUGCGGAACUCAUUUCCUAAAGGAGAUUACCCUAAUUGGGUCGUGGAUGCCUUGGCUGCCGUGAAUGUUACUCUAGGCAGUUAGAAAUAAUCAUCAAGAACGUUGUUGUUUCCUACAUCGCAUGCCACCUGCGAGAUGUUUCACUGGAACCUGCAUUUACAUCCAUUGUGCAGCUUCAUUGUAGAUGUAUAACAAAACAGUAGACAGACUUUGAGGUGUUUAUGAUAUACUGUAAAUAUAUUUUUAUUCGCGAGUAUUUAAUUUCGCGAUUCCAGGGCUGUUUGCUUUCGUCGGAUAAACGUCAAGCUGUGUUCACGAACACAAUUUUUCUCGAUUUUUUAGCGGUCGCGAAAUUCGCGAAAAUUAAUACAUCGCGAAUAAAAAUACGUUUACAGUAUGCAGAAUCUUGACAAAAGUUGAGAUUGAGAGAGGGACUUUUACGUUUUAGAUCAUGAUGGUCAUAGUUAAGGAUAAUUUUUGCUGUCUUUAGCUUGUGUGUUACCACUGUUCUGCUUAGCACUAUAGAAGGCAGAGAUGUAGUCAAUCAGCAUUAGAAUCCAUUUGCAUUGCUUUCUUGUCCCCUCACUUCGGUGUUGGACCAUGGUAGGACCAUAGUGUAUCCAUUGUAUCUCGAUUCCUUUUGACUACUGCAUGAAGAGUAUUUUUCUAAGACAAUUUUUAUGUACAGCACAUAUAAAACUAUUUUAUAUUCACAUUAAAAGAUUUCUGAACAUGA